GGCGCGCUGCAAAAAACGAGAAAGGACUAACGAUUUUCACUAUUUUAAGUGCAUUUAAAACAUAUUAAACAUCCGUCGCCAUUCUAGUUGGGAAAGUGAGCCGGAAAAGGACUUCACCAACCGUGCUGUACCAAGAAGAACCGGUUCGUUGAUCUGACCAGCUUCUGUACGUAACAUUGCGUAACGAGUAAAAUUAGUGAAUCUCCGAAUUACGGCACUAAAGAAUUACCGCACUAACGAAUUGCUAACCGAACGAUGAACGAUAUACGAGCGCUCAAGGAACAGCAGCGUGAUAAGCAUCCCGGGUUCGACUCGUACCUCGAGUGUAUGACCCGCUCACUGUUUACCGGGCUGGCCACGUUUUCGCUCGGAUUUGCCGGUGUCUACUUCUUGCAACAGAUCGGUCAACGCUAUCUGCCGUACACACGGAAGGGUAACGUGCUGGUUGCGACUCUUGUAUCUACCGUCGCCGCGUAUAAGGUCACAUCCGAUCGGACACUCGCCUGCCAGGCCCGGUGGAUGGCCGUAGAGGACAAGUACAGUGUGCUGCAGGAAACGCUCGAAACGAUACCGGAAAAGGAGGGCACCGUGAAGAGUUUCUAA